ACGGGUCUGGGAUAAAGCGCAAGUGUAUUUAUUUCGUUGGAUGCGUAUUAUUUUUGGUCGACCCGAGACACACUAUUCAUUUCUUAUACGACAGAAGGGAAAAUAAUUCAACACAAAUGGCGAAUAAAUUGUCGUUCAAAUUGUAGGUUUAUUUUGAUAGAAAAAACAGUGUCCAGCUCAGUAAGCGUUUGACAACAAUCGUCGUGUGAUCCUGCCCAUGGUUGAUGAUGGAGGAGACAGGUCCUCGCAUAGCAGACUACUUUGUGGUAGCAGGACUCACUGACUCCUCCAAGCCCUUAGAGGAGGAACUGCAGCUGGACGAUGUUCCUGGUCGCUCUCCCCGCUCGGCCCCUGGUGGUCGGCCCCUGGCCCCCAUCACAGACAUAGCUGUGGUUAUAUGCUCACUAGGGGAAGCGGUUCCUCAGGGUUACACAUGCCUCGAGUCCACCCCGUCUGGUCUGUCUGCAGAGCUGAACGGAGCCAGUCUCAGAGGGCCUCAGAUCUACCUCUGCUACAAGAGAGGCCGAGAUAAACCUCCUCUCACUGAUCUGGGGGUUCUGUAUGAGUGGAAGGAGAAGCUGAAGCCUGGCUGUCACAUCGUCCAAACCACUCCCUCUGGUCGUCCUGCCAACAUCAGUAGCUCCUCCUCCCAACGCAUCUACAUCACUUAUCGCCGCUCCCCGCAGAGCCAGCCUCACACGUCAUUGGCUGUCACAGAUGUCUGCAUCAUCAUCCCGGGCAAAGGGGAGACGCCCCCUCACACCUUCUGCAAGGUGGACAAGAACCUCAAUAGUAGUAUGUGGGGAUCCUCGGUGUACCUGUGUUACAAGAAGUCACUGGCUAAAACCAACACAAUCGCAUACAACGCAGGUCUGUUGUGUAGGUACCCAGAGGAGGACGAUGAGUCUUUUCCCCUGCCGGAGUCUGUUCCUCUGUUCUGUCUGCCCAUGGGAGCUAGCAUUGAGUUCUGGCCAGCUCACACCAAACACUCCCUGCCUGUCUUCUCUACCUUUGUACUGACUGGGGCCUCUGGAGACAAAGUGUAUGGAGCUGCCAUCCAGUUCUAUGAGCCGUACCCAGAGGACCAGCUGAGUGACAGACAGCGUUCUCUGCUGGGGCUACCGGGCACGUGCAGUAGCAGCGAGGGGACAAAGAGCGUUCACGCUAACAAGAGUAUCUGUUUGCUGUCACACUGGCCGUUCUUUGACUCAUUCAGGAACUUCCUGACGUUUCUCUACAGAUACUCCAUCUCUGGACCACACGCUCUGCCCAUAGAGAAGCACAUCUCCCACUUCAUGCACAAAGUCCCGUUCCCCUCGUCACAGAGACCACGCAUCCUGCUACAGCUGUCUCCACAUGAUAGUCUGAUGCUGAGCCAGCCUGUCUCCUCCCCUCUGCCUCUCAGUGGUGGUCGUCUCUCCACUCUGCUCCUUAACCUGGGCCCUAAGAAUGCGACCACUCUGCUGGUGCUGGCCGUAACAGAACACAAGAUCCUGGUCCACUCUCUCAGACCGGCCGUACUGACCAGUGUUACGGAGGCCCUGGUGUCGAUGAUCUUCCCCUUCCACUGGCCGUGCCCCUACAUCCCUCUGUGCCCUCUGGCCCUGGCAGAUGUUCUCUCUGCCCCUUGCCCCUUCAUCGUGGGGGUCGACUCACGUUACUUUGACCUCUACGUGCCUCCGCCCGACGUCUGCUGUGUCGACCUGGACACCAACAACAUAUUACAUAAGGAGGAGAAGAGAGCCCUAACAUGGAAGAUACUACCACAGAAAGCCUGCAAACAUCUCCUCAAUACCCUGGGUAGACUGUACCAACAGCUGACUGAAGGUGGCCAAGUCAGCGGCGAGGAUGGUCAGAUGGAGCCCACUGCGAUUGACCCAGACCUGGCGAGCGGAGGGAAGAGCCUCCACACGCUAGAGAUGCAGAUCCAGGAAGCCUUCCUUAGGUUCAUGGCGGCCAUAUUGAAAGGGUACCGCUCUUACCUCCUCCCCAUCACACAGGCCCCCUCCGAAAGGACCACGGACGCAAGCUCGCUGUUCGACUUGCAAGGGUUCUUGAAGAGCCGGGAUCGUUCCCACCAGAAGUUCUACUCCCAGAUGAUCAAAACCCAGAUGUUUAUCCGGUUCAUCGAGGAAUGUUCCUUUGUCAGCGAUAAAGACGCCAGUCUGGCCUUCUUCGACGAGUGUGUGGAUAAGAUUUACAGCAAUGGAAGCAAGAUUCAGAUGGACAGUGAUGGACCAGAAGACACCAGGUUGAUAGAGCUGGACGAGUCCCAUCGCAGUGAACACACAGUCUACAUCAACCCUCCUGAACUAAGACUUUUGGCUCAGGGAGAGGAGCACCCACUCUGCUAUAGCUACUCUGGGUUUCCGGUGCUGAGUCGUGAUUUGUUGGAGCUCCAGGAUGGACCUCGCCCCUCAGCCAGCCUGACACAGAGACACACCAGUCCAGCCAGCCCUGCUGCCAUCUUUAGGCGCUCCAAACAGGAGAUUCGCUCGGCCCAGCGCAUGGCUAAAACCCACGCCUCUGUACCCCAGAUGUGGUCUAAGUGUCUGCUGCGUCACUGUUACGGCCUGUGGUUCAUAUGCCUGCCAGCCUACGCCAGCGCAUGCCACUCCAAGGUGCGGGCACUACGCAUGGCCUACGACAUCCUGAGGAAGAUGCAGGACAAGAAGCUGCAGGCACCUGAUGAGGUGUGUUACCGGGUGUUAAUGCAGCUAUGUGGACAGUACAGCCAACCAGUCCUGGCGGUCAGAGUUCUGUUUGAGAUGAAGAAGGCUGGAGUUCAUCCCAACGCCAUCACCUACGGCUACUACAACAAGGCGGUGUUGGAGAGCACGUGGCCGUCCACAGGAAGUAGAGGAGGCUACUUCCUGUGGGCCAAGCUGAGGAACGUAGUCCUGGGGGUAGGACGGUUCAAACAGACGGUCCAGAACCACAACCAGAACCAAACCCAGAGUAGAGACACACAGCUAUCAGACUACAGUGAUCUGGACACAGUCAGUCAUGGCAGUGAAGACAGUACUAACGACUCAGUUGAGCGGGUCUCAAUCGAUACAGACUUCACUAAGAUGGACUCCAGUGAUGAUGGAUCAAGCACAGGUGGCCAAUCAGACCAAGGCUAUGACUCUCUAUCUAAGGAGGAGGAGAGGAUGGUGGGAAGGGACAGCGACAGAACACCACUAGCGCAGGAGAAGUCAGAGAGGGAGUCUUGUCCUCUGACUAGACAGGACCACACCACCAGCCCUGGUGACUCCAAAACUCCCUGUGGUACCAGACCAAAGAACCGGAGGCUGAGGCCCAACUCCCUGGACCUGACCGGAGGACAGGGGACUCUCAGGACCAUCACACUCAACUUCACCUCCACCACCAUGCAGGUCCGAGGCCCUGCUCCGAAACGCCCCCCGCCUCCGAACUGCAAACCUGGGAAGACCAGUCAGGAAGACCAGGCUAUUCCUACCCAGAACCAGAAGAGAUUGGAUGGGGGAGAGGGGGAGGAGGUAGAAGGCAGUAAGGACAGACAGACACCUGCCAAAGAGGUGGAAAGGAGGAGUGUGAACGUCAGUGGUGGAGACACUGAAAGGCCUGCAACCCACAGUGUUAGUGGAGAUGGAGACGGGGCUGUAACUCACAGUGUUAGUGGAGACGGAGACGGGGUUGUAACCCACAGUGUUAGUGGAGAUGGGUUUGUAACCCACAGUGUUAGUGGAGAUGGAGACGGGGCUGUAACCCACAGUGUUAGUGGAGAUGGAGACGGGGUUGUAACCCACAGUGUUAGUGGAGAUGGAGACGGGGCUGUAACCCACAGUGUUAGUGGAGAUGGAGACGGGGUUGUAACCCACAGUGUUAGUGGAGAUGGAGACGGGGUUGUAACCCACAGUGUUAGUGGAGAUGGAGACGGGGUUGUAACCCACAGUGUUAGUGGAGAUGGAGACGGGGUUGUAACCCACAGCGUUAGUGGAGAUGGGGCUGUAACCCACAGUGUUAGUGGAGACGGGGCUGCAACCCACAGUGUUAGUGGAGAUGGAGACGGGGCUCUAACCCACAGUGUUAGUGGAGAUGGAGACGGGGUUGUAACCCACAGUGUUAGUGGAGAUGGGGUUGUAACCCACAGUGUUAGUGGAGAUGGAGACGGGGCUGUAACCCACAGUGUUAGUGGAGAUGGAGACGGGGUUGUAACCCACAGUGUUAGUGGAGAUGGAGAUGGGGUUGUAACCCACAGUGUUAGUGGAGACGGGGUUGUAACCCACAGUGUUAGUGGAGAUGGAGAUGGGGUUGUAACCCACAGUGUUAGUGGAGAUGGAGACGGGGCUGUAACCCACAGUGUUAGUGGAGAUGGGGUUGUAACCCACAGUGUUAGUGGAGAUGGAGACGGGGCUGUAACCCACAGUGUUAGUGGAGAUGGGGUUGUAACCCACAGUGUUAGUGGAGAUGGAGAUGGGGCUGUAACCCACAGUGUUAGUGGAGAUGGAGACGGGGUUGUAACCCACAGUGUUAGUGGAGAUGGAGACGGGGUUGUAACCCACAGUGUUAGUGGAGAUGGAGACAGGGCUGUAACCCACAGUGUUAGUGGAGAUGGAGACGGGGUUGUAACCCACAGUGUUAGUGGAGAUGGAGACGGGGUUGUAACCCACAGUGUUAGUGGAGAUGGAGACGGGGUUGUAACCCACAGUGUUAGUGGAGAUGGAGACGGGGUUGUAACCCACAGUGUUAGUGGAGAUGGAGACGGGGCUCUAACCCACAGUGUUAGUGGAGAUGGAGACGGGGUUGUAACCCACAGUGUUAGUGGAGAUGGAGACGGGGCUGUAACCCACAGUGUUAGUGGAGAUGGAGAUGGGGUUGUAACCCACAGUGUUAGUGGAGAUGGAGACGGGGCUGUAACCCACAGUGUUAGUGGAGAUGGAGACGGGGCUGUAACCCACAGUGUUAGUGGAGAUGGAGACGGGGCUGUAACCCACAGUGUUAGUGGAGAUGGAGAUGGGGUUGUAACCCACAGUGUUAGUGGAGAUGGAGACGGGGCUGUAACCCACAGUGUUAGUGGAGAUGGAGACGGGGCAGUAACCCACAGUGUUAGUGGAGAUGGAGAUGGGGUUGUAACCCACAGUGUUAGUGGAGAUGGAGACGGGGCUGUAACCCACAGUGUUAGUGGAGAUGGGAACGGGCCUGCAGAUUGCAGUGUCUCCAAACAGAACAGUGUAAGAAACAGCAGUGAAACUGUGGGCGGAGCCGUGAAGAGGACAAGUAUCGUUGAGACUGGCUUUGACCCUCUGUCCAUUAUAGCAGCUGAGACGGAGACAGAGGGUGAUGGGGACAGUAGCAGUACCUCCACAGCCCGCCGGGACCUGGCAGAAGAGAUAGAGAUGUACAUGAAGGUUCUGAGCCCUCUGAGCAGCAGGACCGCCAGCAUGGACCUUCAGAACCCAUCCAGCCCGCUACUCCACGCCACCUCCACCCCAUCUAAACCCUCCUCCCGCCGACCUCGGCCCCUCAGCCUGACCCACUCCCCCUGUACCUCCCCCCGACCACCUCCUCCCUUGCUUCGUGCCAACUCGCACCUCCCCCUCUCCAGGCCCAAAGAACGUCUCCGUCCCUCCUCCCUGGUCUCCCCCUCCUCCCCAACUCUCAGUCUGGACAUGUUUAAGAGCAGCUUCCUGUCAGCAGGGAAGGGGGUGGCUGAGAAGGCCAGCAGGCUCUACUCCCGCCUGUCAUCACAGACAUCACUCUCGCAGGAUGUGAACUGCGACCAGAUCAGCGUGUCAUCAAUGACCUCAGUGGACCCAGAAUGCACCUCUCUGUUGGAGGAGGGCUCUGUCCUGGACCCUGAAGGUUUCACCUCCUCCUACGCCUCGCCCCAGCAUGACAGCAUCGCGUGCCUGAGGAGGAGCCCAGCCAGGGGACGACUCGUCUCUCAGAGCCCCACCUCGCCCUGCAAGGUGUUCCGCCACAACUCCUUCUCUAGUGGUUUGGCUCCUCCAUCUAGAGGUCCCCAGACUCCAGACUCUUCUCCUGAUGCCUCCCGCUUCUACCUCCGUCACCACUACACUACCGAGGUGUUGAUGUCUAGCUGCUGUCGCUGUAAGACAUGUGACUGUCUGGUGUAUGAUGAAGAGAUCAUGGCAGGAUGGACGGCUGAUGACUCCAACCUCAACACCACCUGUCCCUUCUGUGGCUCUUCCUUCCUGCCCUUCCUUACUGUACACAUCAGGGACCUGAGACACAGGACCAGUGACGAGGGUCACCAACCUUUAGGAGAGGACACGGCUGCUUCAGUCAACCCUGAGACUGCAGCUGGAGCACUGACACCCCAGUCAACCACAGCUCCAGCAGCGGAGGAACAGGACACUGAGGGUGUAGCUGGGUGUCCACAGGACCCUGUCCCAGGCACAACUUCAGAUCCAACCUCAGCCCCAUCUCCAACCUCAGCCCCAUCUCCAACCUCUCCCCCACCUCCAGCCUCUCCCCCAUCCCCUGCCUCAACUACAACUCGUAGUUCCCCAGUGAGUAGUUCUCCAACCCCAACCCCAUCCCCAUCUCUCCCAGCCCCGGUGACGGUUCCCUACCUGAGUCCCUUGGUUCUGUGGAAAGAGCUAGAGUCUCUGCUGGGUAAUGAGGGGGACCAGGUGAUCAGUUCUCCCAGCAUCGUGGACCAGCACCCUAUCGUAUUCUGGAACCUGGUGUGGUGCUACCGCAGACUGGAACUCCCCUCUCAUCUGCCCGGUCUCAUACUGACCUCACAGCACUGCAGCCAGGGACACAUACCGCAGGUCCCAGCCCAGAGCGUGUCUUCAGAGGACAGUAAACAUGUCCUGGUUCGCAUCCUGUGGGACAACCCGUCACUCCACCAGGACUCUGUCCAGGCCCUAUACAUGCUCUGGCACGCACACUUCUCUCUCCCCUCAGCCAGUGGAACGGUGUAUGAGGAGGGCCAGCCCCAGGACCAUCUCUUCUCCUCUGAGGUCCUACAGGGUGCAGUGAGGAACAUCCAGAAGGGGGAUGUCUACCAGCCCAUGAGUCAGAUCCUACAGCUGCUGGGACCAGAGCUGGGCUUCAACAGACAGAGGAGUCUGUACAGAGAUCUCCUCUUCCUGGCGUUGACCGCUCUGGGGAAGAGCAACAUCAAUAUUGAUGCGUUUGAUCGCGAGUACAAGGUUGCUUACGACCGCCUCAGCCCCAGCCAAGUGAAGCUGACACACAACUGUGACCGGCCCCCGGGAGCAGGAGUCAUGGAAUGUAGAAGGAUGUUCGGGAAACCCAUUCUGUGACCCCCCCCCCCUGUCUGCUAUCCAUCCAUCCCAAAACAUGACUGCUGCUCACUACCAGCCCCUCUCUCUGUGGCCCCUCUGUGGCUCCUCUCUCUGGCCCCUCUCUCUGUGGCCCCUCUCUCUGGCCCGCUCUCCCUCUCUGUUUCCCCUCUCUCUGGCCCCUCUCUCCCUCUCUCUGGCCCCUCUCACCCUGGCCCCUCCCUCUGGCCCCUCUCUCCCUCUCUGUGGCCCCUCUCUCUGUGGCCCCUCUCUCUGGCCCCCCUCUCUGUGGCCCCUCUCUGUUGGGGUGAACUCCUCAGGGCCAGCCCACCUGACACCCCAGGCAAGGGGAAGAAAGUCAUUGGUACCCAACAUGUACUUAGACACUGAAGCGUAGUGUGGAACAAAUACACAGAAAAGAUCCUAGAAGCUUUCAGAGACGCUCCACACGGUCACAAUAGGACAUGUACAUGUCAGUCAUUUAGCAGGCACUCUUAUCCAGAGACAUUUACAGGAGCAAUUAGAGUUAAGUGCCUUGCUCAAGAGCACAUUGAAAGAUGUUUCACUUUAGUCGCCCCCGGGAUUCGAAUCUGUGACUUUUUGGUUAAUGGCCCAAUGCUCUGAACCGCUAGGCUACCUGCCUCCCUCACAUGGUAUUCACAUGGUUUGACAUGGUAUUCACGGUAUGACAUGGUAUUACAAUGGGACCACAUAGCUAUUACAUGGUAUCUCAUGGUAUCCCAGUAGAACCUCAUGAUAUCAUGAUACCUCAUGGUAUCACAAUAGGACCUCAUCGUAUCACAAUAGGACCUCAUGAUAUCACAAUAGGACCUCAUGGUAAUAGGACCUCAUGGUAUCCCAAUAGGACCUCAUGGUAUCACAAUAGGACCUCAUGAUAUCACAAUAGGACCUCAUGGUAAUAGGACCUCAUGGUAUCACGAUAGGACCUCAUGGUAAUAGGACCUCAUGGUAUCACAAUAGGACCUCAUGGUAAUAGGACCUCAUGGUAAUAGGACCUCAUGGUAUCACAGUAGGACCUCAUGGUAUCACAAUAGGACCUCAUGGUAUCACAGUAGGACCUCAUGGUAUCACAAUAGGACCUCAUGGUAUCACAGUAGGACCUCAUGGUAUCACAGUAGGACCUCAUGGUAUCACAGUAGGACCUCAUGGUAUCACAAUAGGACCUCAUGGUAUCACAGUAGGACCUCAUGGUAUCACAGUAGGACCUCAUGGUAUCACAAUAGGACCUCAUGGUAAUAGGACCUCAUGGUAUCACAAUAGGACCUCAUGGUAAUAGGACCUCAUGGUAUCACAGUAGGACCUCAUGGUAUCACAAUAGGACCUCAUGGUAUCACAGUAGGACCUCAUGGUAUCACAAUAGGACCUCAUGGUAUCACAAUAGGACCUCAUGGCAUCACAGUAGGACCUCAUGGUAUCACAAUAUGACCUCAUGGUAUCACAGUAGGACCUCAUGGCAUCACAGUAGGAACUCAUGGUAUCACAGUAGGACCUCAUGGUAUCACAAUAGGACCUCAUGGUAUCACAGUAAGACCUCAUGGCAUCACAAUAGGACCUCAUGGUAUCACAGUAGGACCUCAUGGUAUCACAGUAGGACCUCAUGGUAUCACAAUAGGACCUCAUGGUAUCACAAUAGGACCUCAUGGUAUCACAAUAGGACCUCAUGGUAUCACAAUAGGACCUCAUGGUAUCACAAUAGGACCUCAUGGUAUCACAAUAGGACCUCAUGGUAUCACAAUAGGACCUCAUGGUAUCACAAUAUGACCUCAUGGUAUCACAGUAGGACCUCAUGGUAUCACAGUAGGACCUCAUGGUAUCACAGUAGGACCUCAUGGUAUCACAAUAGGACCUCAUGGUAUCACAGUAGGACCUCAUGGUAUCACAAUAGGACCUCAUGGUAUCACAAUAGGACCUCAUGGUAUCACAGUAGGACCUCAUGGUAUCACAAUAGGACCUCAUGGUAUCACAAUAGGACCUCAUGGUAUCACAGUAGGACCUCAUGGUAAUAGGACCUCAUGGUAUCACAGUAGGACCUCAUGGUAUCACAAUAGGACCUCAUGGUAAUAGGACCUCAUGGUAAUAGGACCUCAUGGUAUCACAGUAGGACCUCAUGGUAUCACAGUAGGACCUCAUGGUAUCACAGUAGGACCUCAUGGUAUCACAAUAGGACCUCAUGGUAUCACAAUAGGACCUCAUGGUAUCACAUUAGGACCUCAUGGUAUCACAAUAGGACCUCAUGGUAUCACAAUAGGACCUCAUGGUAAUAGGACCUCAUGGUAAUAGGACCUCAUGGUAUCACAGUAGGACCUCAUGGUAAUAGGACCUCAUGGUAAUAGGACCUCAUGGUAUCACAAUAGGACCUCAUGGUAUCACAAUAGGACCUCAUGGUAUCACAUGUAUUAUUCCUCUGUAUUUUCACUAUUAUUACAUUACUCAAUGUUUGUAAUAUACCGUGUGAUAUAUUCUAUAUAUUAUAAGACAAUCUGUAUCUGAUUAACUUGUAUGUAUGUAAACGUUUUGUUUCUGUUUUGUUGUGUGAGCUUCAAGCUUUGUGUGUUUUCUGUACCACAGUCAGGGCUGUUUUACUGUUGUGAUGGGAGGGUUGUUGGGUGUAAUGUAAAAGUCUUUCACAUGUGAUUUUAAGCACUUUCCAAAGAGUAAUUUACAUUAUCUCUUACAGUAAUAAUUUACAGUAAUAAUUUACAGUAAUAAUUUACAGUAAUAAUUUACAGUAAUAAUUUGGACCUUUAUUUUUUGUCGUUCAGUUGAACUUUGAUACAUACACAACUACUAUACUAUGAUCAGGUAUGGGGCCUGACUUCCUGCUCUAUACUAUGAUCAGGUAUGGGGCCUGACUUCCUGCUCUAUACUAUGAUCAGGUAUGGGGCCUGACUUCCUGCUCUAUACUAUGAUCAGGUAUGGGGCCUGACUUCCUGCUCUAUACUAUGAUCAGGUAUGGGGCCUGACUUCCUGCUCUAUACUAUGAUCAGGUAUGGGGCCUGACUUCCUGCUCUAUACUAUGAUCAGGUAUGGGGCCUGACUUCCUGCUCUAUACUAUGAUCAGGUAUGGGGCCUGACUUCCUGCUCUAUACUAUGAUCAGGUAUGGGGCCUGACUUCCUGCUCUAUACUAUGAUCAGGUAUGGGGCCUGACUUCCUGCUCUAUACUAUGAUCAGGUAUGGGGCCUGACUUCCUGCUCUAUACUAUGAUCAGGUAUGGGGCCUGACUUCCUGCUCUAUACUAUGAUCAGGUAUGGGGCCUGACUUCCUGCUCUAUACUAUGAUCAGGUAUGGGGCCUGACUUCCUGCUCUAUACUAUGAUCAGGUAUGGGGCCUGACUUCCUGCUCUAUAGUAUGAUCAGGUAUGGGGCCUGACUUCCGGCUCUAUAAUAUGAUCAGGUAUGGGGCCUGACUUCCUGCUCUAUACUAUGAUCAGGUAUGGGGCCUGACUUCCUGCUCUAUACUAUGAUCAGGAAUGGGGCCUGACUUCCUGCUCUAUACUAUGAUCAGGUAUGGGGCCUGACUUCCUGCUCUAUACUAUGAUCAGGAAUGGGGCCUGACUUCCUGCUCUAUACUAUGAUCAGGUAUGGGGCCUGACUUCCUGCUCUAUACUAUGAUCAGGUAUGGGGCCUGACUUCCUGCUCUAUAAUAUGAUCAGGUAUGGGGCCUGACUUCCGGCUCUAUACUAUGAUCAGGUAUGGGGCCUGACUUCCUGCACUUACUGAGGAUGAUGAUGGUCUUUGACCCCCCCCCCUCCCCCUCCCCUCUGGCAGGACCAGUCCAAAUAUAACAUGAAGGAUCCAUUGGCCUAGUGUGAGACCAUGAAAACCGUGAGGUAUCAUGGGUAAAUUGUGACUGACUGAUGUACAAAUAAUAUUGAGUAGUUAUUUAUGAUGCAAGGUGGUUUGUAGAUCAGUCAAGUCUCGCCUUUAAAUUCGGCGGCCAUGUCUAACGGUCCCAUUUUGUUUUUCUGGGUGGGAACAUACAUAGACCAUGUUACAUACAUGAUAUAUACACAUAGACCAUGUUUUAUACAUGAUAUAUACACAUAGACCAUGUUACAUACAUGAUAUAUACACAUAGACCAUGUUAUAUACAUGAUAGAUACACAUAGACCAUGUUAUGAUUUAGUUGUAUUACCAUAGUGAUGAGACUUUUCUCCUGUGUUUAUUUAUGAAUCCUUUUGUAUCAAAGAAAUACAUUGGAACGACCGAAACAACUGAGCCGAAUAUAAAAGGAACGCUGUUAAUAUGAUUUGUUGAUAUGUUUUCAUUCAUUACUAAAGCAAUACUCUUUUAUAACGUCAUUGUUAUUAUAUUGACAUCACAAAUGCAGAAUGUGUGGAUUAAGACGUGUUUUCUAAUUCUUUCAUCAACACACAUACGCAUUACGUUUUGUAAAUAAAUGUAUGGAGCUGUUCUGUUUCUCGGUAUAGUUGUACAGAGUAAAUGGUAUGUUCUGUUUCUCUGUAUAGUUGUACAGAGUAAAUGGUAUGUUCUGUUUCUCUGUAUAGUUGUACAGAGUAAAUGGUAUGUUCUGUUUCUCUGUAUAGUUGUACAGAGUAAAUGGUAUGUUCUGUUUCUCUAUAUAGUUGUACAGAGUAAAUGGUAUGUUCUGUUUCUCCGUAGCUUUAUAGUUGUACAGAGUAAAUUAUAUGUUCUGUUUCUAUGUAUAGUUGUACAGAGUAAAUGUGAUACAGCCUGGGAUUGAACCCGGGUCUGUAGUGACGUCUCUAGCACUGAGAGGCAGUACCAUAGAACGCUACGUCACCCAGGAGGCUAUAGUGGACUACUCCUGACUGUGAUCCAUAGUCCAGUGUUAGGAUAGAAGAUAGAAGAGCUGUGUCACAUGUCAAGGUGUCUGUAUUCCUCUGACUGGGUUUUGAAACUGUCACAAUAUCACCCC